AUGAAGGUCCUCCUCCUCGCCGGCGAUUUCAUCGAGGACUACGAGCUGUACGCUCCCCUCCAGGCCCUCGAGAUGCUGGGCCUCGACGUCCACAUUGUCUGCCCCGACAAGAAGCCCGGAGAGAUGAUCCAGACCGCCCUGCACAUCCUCGAGCCCGGACGUCAGACCUACUCGGAGCGCCCCGGCCACCCCUUUGACAUCACCCACGACUGGGACGAGUGCGCUGCCAACCUGGGCCAGUACGCCGGCCUCAUUGUCCCCGGCGGCCGCUUCCCCGAGUACCAGAGGUACGACAAGCGCGUCCUCGACGUCAUCCGUUACUUUGUCGAGAAGGACCUGCCCCUCGCCGCUCUGUGCCACGGCCUCCAGCUCCUCGCCGCUGCCGACGUCCUCAAGGGCCGCUCGUGCUCUGCCUUCCCCAUGUGCAAGCUCGAUGUCGAGGCUGCCGGAGGCAAGUACAUCGACUUUGAGGCCUUCUCGAAGAACGUCCACGUCGACGGCAACAUUGUCUCGGCCCCCGCCUACCCCGCGAUUGGCGUCUGGCUCGGCGCGUUCAUCAAGCUGCUGGGCAUCAAGGUGCAGGUCCCGUAG